GCUUCUUUUAACUCGUUGAAAAAGUAGGCCAAGCAUGUUUAUUAUGUAUGGUUAUAUGUCUUAUGAAAAACUUAUCCGCGGGUUCAAGAUAUGCACCUGCUUUAUCUGCAGAAUAAAGUCUAUACAAUAUAUACUUGGUAACUAAGUAACCAGAGAAAAUUAGAUGGCUAGUUAGCAUAAAAAACGCCGUAUGGUUUAGUCUCGUUCUUAGUCCCCGGAAACACAAGCAUCCGUCAAACACUGACGCUAAAUUUUUCUUUUUUCGUGUUAUCGUUCCGAAAAGAGCCAUGUUUAGUUUUCGCCGGUUUUAACGCAGGGAGCUGCCCCAACUCGUGAUUGGAGGACGGUGUGCCACGUGCACAUAUCUUUACUACGCUUCACGAGCACAUUUGAUUACCUGACAGGUUCACACGGACAAGCGAGUGAUCUGGCGAAGGUUUGGUCUGCAGCCGCUGAGUAAACAGAGCUCUCUGAACUUUUUAAUGCCUUAUUAAAUCACUUUUAAAUGACCACGAUGGCUUUGAGCUCGUUUGACAUUGACGCACCACGAUGGGAUCAGUCGACGUUCAUGGGCCGACUGAAACACUUCUUCAACAUCACAGACUGUCGGACGGCGCUCCUGCCUGACUCACGCCUGGAUGAGGCCAAAGCUCUCGUAGAAAGCUGCCGAGCAGGAUCCGUUCCCCCAGGCACCACAGAGGAGCAGCUCCACUACGCAAAGAAGCUGUACGACUCAGCAUUUCACCCGGACACAGGAGACCGCAUGAACCUGAUCGGCCGCAUGUCGUUCCAGGUCCCCGGAGGCAUGGCUAUCACAGGCUGCAUGCUGCAGUUUUACAGGACAGUCCCUGCUGUGGUGUUCUGGCAGUGGGUGAAUCAGUCCUUCAACGCUCUGGUCAACUACACUAACCGAAACGCUGCUUCCCCCAUCACUCCCAAGCAGAUUGGUAUCGCCUAUGUAACAGCAACCAGCACAGCACUGGCGACAGCAGUCGGGCUCAACCUCUACACAAAGAAAGCUCCUCCUCUCGUUGCUCGCUGGGUUCCUUUUGCUGCAGUGGCAGCGGCUAACUGUGUUAACAUUCCCAUGAUGAGGCAACAGGAAAUCCUGAAUGGUAUCGCUGUCACAGAUGAAAAUGGAAACAAACUGGGCCACUCCACGAAAGCUGCAGUAAAAGGCAUCACUCAGGUGGUAAUCUCUCGGAUCACAAUGGCCGCACCAGGAAUGAUCAUCCUGCCUAUCAUCAUGCAGAGGCUGGAAAAAUACAAGUUCAUGCAGAGAAUCACAUAUCUGCACGGACCGAUCCAAGUGAUGCUGGUCGGAGGAUUUUUGAUCUUCAUGGUGCCUGCUGCCUGCUCCCUCUUCCCACAGAAAUGCUCUAUGGCGGUGUCGAAGCUGGAGCCAGAGCUCAGAGACUCCAUCAAGUCUAAAUAUGGAGACGCUGUACAACAAGUCUACUUCAACAAAGGCCUCUGAUUCUGAGAGGGCUGUCUAGCUCAAGACCUGAAACGAGUUUAUGUCAUCUGUCAUUAUUUUUUUUUAAAUUGUUUGUAUGAUGAAAUGAUCAUUGCCUUUCUUCAUCUUUAAAUCAGUGAUUGCCUGUGAGAAAUCUUGAUAGCUUUGUGUGCUUUAUUUUCAUUUCAGCUCAAAUUAUUUCUCUUGUCUUACCUUUAUCACAUUCAAGGGGCACUGUGCACUCCUGUUGAGAAACCAAACUAUCUCACCUCAGGAACAGGGCAUUAUUUUUCUGAUAAAACUCUGUCACUUUGUCCUUCAAUGUGUGUCUUCUGUCUGUUGUCUUUGGCUGUCAGUUUUGUCAAAUUUUGCUCAAAUCUGCCAAAUUUCUUUAAAUCUGUGCCUUUUACAAAGUGGCAGGAUCAUACCUCUGCAGGACUUUUCUUUGCCUUUUUUUAAAAAAACAUUUUUUUCUCCACUGUGAAACCAGAAAGUACUUCUAUGCAUGAGUUGACCCUGAAAGUGGCACUUUUUGAAAGUGGUGGUAAAAGUGGGGAAUACUGCCCUCUUCUGUUAGAAUGGAGGUAGAGGUUUUAUGAUUAGUUGGCAUGAUUUUUCUGAAAGGUUUUCCAGUUGGAUCCUUUACUGUAAACUCAGACUAGUGCCACAAUUCUCAACAUAAGCUGGAAUAAACAACACAGAUAUUUGGAUAGAGUAA